CAGGCAAAAGAGCGGCGCGGCCCAAUGACGUCACAGGGCGUGUCCUCCCGGGCGGAAGCCCGGGGCGCGCAUCCCAGGCGAGCGCGGGUCCUGUGUUUUCCUCUGCCCAGAGGAACCUGAACUGCGGUGCUAGGAUGGGAAACAGUGCCCUCCGCGCUCAUGUGGAAACCGCGCAGAAAACGGGUGUCUUUCAGCUCAAGGAUCGUGGGCUGACCGAGUUCCCCUCAGAGCUGCAGAAGCUGACGAGCAAUCUCAGGACCAUCGAUUUGUCCAACAACAAGAUCGAGAGCCUACCGCCUAUGCUGAUAGGGAAGUUCGCUCUGCUGAAGAGUCUCUCCCUCAACAACAACAAACUGACUGUUCUGCCUGAUGAGUUAUGCAAUCUGAAAAAACUAGAGAUGCUAAGCCUAAACAACAAUCACCUGACAGAGCUACCGUCUACCUUUGGGCAACUCUCUGCUCUCAAGACCCUGAGCCUCUCUGGUAACCGACUCCGAACACUGCCACCCCAGCUGUGUAGCCUGAGGCACCUGGAUGUGAUGGAUCUCUCUAAGAACCAGAUUCGCAGCAUACCUGACACAGUGGGAGACUUGCAGGUCAUCGAACUCAAUCUCAACCAAAACCAGAUAUCUCAGAUCUCAGUCAAGAUAUCGUGCUGCCCUCGGCUCAAAGUUCUUCGUCUGGAAGAGAACUGCCUUGAGCUCAGCAUGCUUCCACAGAGCAUCCUGAGUGACUCCCAGAUCUGUCUGCUUGCUGUGGAAGGCAAUCUUUUUGAGAUAAAGAAACUUCGAGAACUGGAAGGCUAUGAUAAGUACAUGGAGAGGUUCACAGCCACCAAGAAGAAGUUUGCAUGAUGUUCUCCAGGAGCAUGGGAACCUUACAGGGAACUGACCUGGAACCUGUGUUGGAACCUGGCUCCAGUCAUUGUCAAGGAUAUCUGCAGUAAGAAGAUGACACUCCAGGAGAUGCUCCUUAUCAGGGCUCACUUAAGAUAAGCUAAAAAGGAUCAAGACAUAGGAAGAGUCCUCCAUUUUGAAUCAUGGAUAGGGCACUGGACAUUGUUGGUCUUUAAAACCAACAUUAGUUUGGCUUUAAGAAACCAGCAACCAGUUGCCAUUUAUACAGUGAGGGGGUGCUGCCUAGUUACAAAAUAGCACCACACCACAGCUCGAAAUUUCAUGUUUAGUUUCAUGAAGUGUGAGCUUUCAUAAAGUUAAUUGCCAUUCCACCUCUGUGUUAACACUUCAUAUUUUUAUAAAAUUCAGAUAGUUUGGGAGGCUGCUAUGGUUAAUUUAAGGAUUUAUUAUUUUAUUCCUAUCCAUCAGUUCAACUGCAGUGUCUACCCUUAGAAUUUAGACUGUUUGUUUGACUGUCUUGAUUAAAUGUGUGCUUUGUCAGAGAAACAUCGAACAACACUGAGAUGUUCCCCAAGGCUGCACUAGCAAAUUCUUUACUAUUGCAGGUGCCUUAUUGGUAGAGGUCUCUUAAGAGAUAAAACCAUAUAUGCAAAACUUGUAAGAUAAAAGGAAUUUUAAUAGUCAGGAUCUUCCUGAAUUUUUGUUAGAGAUAAUGUCUUAUUUGUAGUAGCUCUUUUCCCUUUUUGUAUUUAUAACUGUACGAAUCAAAUUACCUAUCAAGAAACCAUUGCUAUGAUAUUUUAAAACAACCUAUGUUUAUGAAGUUUAUUCUCUGCAUGAGAGAAUAUACUAAAUAAAGAAUUUUUAAAGAACUUUGGCUGGAAACAAGAUUAAUCCUUUAAGGGAAGAAGACAGAAGAACUUUAACCAGUAAGUGGUCCUUUGUUCUUUAACUUUGGAAGUGAACUGAUGAGGAGAAUGUUUCAUGCCCUUGUUCAGGUGAUCUGUGAAAUGCCUUCACGUGACUGAUGGUAAACAUUUUGUGGUGUCUGAACCAGGCUAUUAAGAAAAUAUGAGGGUACAAAGGUAGAUGAUUUCAGAUUGUCACUGAUAAGAACAUUUAGAAAGCUACCACUCUGGUCAUUUUUUGAAAUUUUCUCCUUGCCAAGAAGCUAUUCUUAACCAUAUAUUGCCAGUUCUUGUUUUACAAACCUAGUUUAGCCCUUAAGUUGAGAGAUCACAAGAGCCCAGUAUUUAAUCUAUAUGAGGAAGUCUGUCUGACCUUAAAUCUGAACUAGGUAUUCUCUUUCCCGUGUGUUGUUUUCUGUUUCUCACUUUGGCAAGUAAUAGGUGCCAGUUUAUCAGUAUCAACUGAGGAGUUUCAAUUUUUUAUAAACUUUGUUUAAUGCUUAACUUAUUAAUCUUAUUAAUCCAUUGAACAAUUAACAUUUCUCUAAAUAUUUCAUCACUACUUCUCACCUAAUAAAUCCAAAUUCAUAAACUUAAUAACAUAAAUGUCCCCAUUUAAUAAUUAAUUGGAGUUUUAAAAAUCUAUCCCAACCCCAGUGACACCUCCUCUAAAUAUAAACCACUUAAAGUACUUAAGAGCCAUACCUGGAAGGACUGACCUGAUUUGUAGUUUUUCUAUAACAAGGAUUUGUGCACUCUACUAAAUUCUUUAGAUCUUGGUUUGGAAGUCCGUGUAGUAUACUCAGUAAGGUCAUCAACUUUGGCAGCAAUAUCCAGGUUUGAAGCAAAAUACUUCAUUUAUUAGCUUUAUUAAUUUGAGCAGUUUACCUCCUGCCUCUCAGGUAUGUUACGAAGUUACGGUGAAAAGAUACAUAAAAGCACUCGGCAUAGUGCCUGGCACAAAGCAAACACUCAAUAAACGGGGCCAUUUAUUUCAUCUAUAAGGUAUAAAAGUAGGAUUUAGCAACUUGUACAGAAGUAGAAGGCUUGAAGCAGCACUACAUUAAAAAGAAUGAUAAAUAACUAGAUAAGGAACUUGAAUAUCAGUCUGAGAAAUAUAAAUCUGAUUAGGAAUGUCACUGGGAUAAACCUAGAAUUUUAGUAAAGGGGCGACCUAGAGAAAACAGCUUUUAAAGAAACUAAUUCUAAAUGCAGUUGAGUAUAGGAUGGCUGAGAGGCAGAAGGAAGAGUCACAAUCCACACGACAUGGAAAGAUCUAGCACUGAAGUGUGGAAACAGUGAAUUAAAACUGAAGGAGGAAAACACAGGCCCAGCUAUAAGGGAUAGAGAUCAUUGUCAAAAUAAGAAUGGAAACUUGAAGAAGGGGCUUACUGUUAAAAAAAAAAAAAAAAAAAGUUUAGUGAGGGCUGCUGGUUUUUAACUCCUUAGUUACAGGUUUCUAAGUAGAGUGGCCCCAAACAACUAUAAAUUACAAAUUGCAAUGACACCUUCUUUAAAUGAGGUGUUCGUAAGUAAACCACUUAAAAUAUUUAGAGCCACAGCUGGAAUGACUGACUUGAUUUGUAGUUUUUCUAUAACAAGGAUUUGAGCACCGUACUAAAUAAAGAUUAGAGGCUUAAGCUGAGUGAGACUUUAUUAAGAAAAAAGGGGAUUAGGUUACUGUACAGUUUUACUCACGGUCCAUCUGUUUGGAUCCACUCCUGUAUCCCUCAAGAGAACAUGAAAAGAGCCCUGGCACAGGUGUUAGAAGUAGGAAUCAAUACCAGCAAUUUUCUUGGAAUGCCAUAAUGAGAAGAGAGGAUUCCUAGCUUCUAAGUACCACCACUUUUUUGGUGGUACUUAGAAUAGGUCUCCAGAAUUAGGUCUCAUCUUGCAAUUCUGAUGAUUCUAACAGUUGGCCAAGAGAAGACAUCUAAAUAUUAAGCCAAAAAGAAUGAACUGAAGGUAUUUUACAUCAAUUAACCAUUUCAAAGUAAUAAUACUUAUGAUAUUUAACUUAAUGAACACUUAAGUCCAGGCACCAGUGCCCCCCAACCACUGGACAGAUGAGGAAACAUGGUCCAGAAAUAUUAGUAUUUUAUGUUCAAAGUCACACAGCUAGUAAAUGACUGAAACAAACUCUGAACCCAGGUGGUCAGACUCCAGAGCUUGUAUUUUUAACCACUUCAGUACUACCUUUCAGAAGUAUUAGAAACCAGUUUUCCAUGCAAUGUUAUGGAGAAAAUCAGAAAAAGGCUUUAAGUCAACAGUUUCUAUCUCUAGUGCAUUACCGGCCUACCCCAUCCACUCUGUGUAGGGCUUUUUCUAUGGCCUCACUCCUCACCUGUCUUCUUUCCCAGUAGCAGAAGCUUUGGAAUCGUUCACAACCUGGGAUCCAUGGAUGGGCCCUCAAGGCCUCCAUGAUUCUCACUUGUGCAUGAUUCAAGUUUGUUUGUCUCUGUUUCUGAGAAGAGGGGCUGUUUCUUUCAUCAACGCACGAAGGGAUCCUUGACCCAAAAAGAGCUCUACUCUAGAGAUAAUAGCAGCUUAUCAUUUAUUAAGCUUUUAUAUUUGCCAGGCACUGUUCUAGUUACCUUACGUGCGUUACCAUGUUGAGUCUUUGCAACAACUCUACGAGGUAGGAUUAUUUAUGUUCAUUUUACAAAGAAACUGAGGGACAGAAAUAGGCUUAUGGUCACUUAGCCACAAAUGGCAAAGCUCAAGUGUAAAUCCAGACCAUUUGGUUCCUCAGCUCAUGCUCCUAACCAAGACACCAAACUGAUAUCCUCAGGACUAUUUCCUUCAGACAGGACAGUAUUAGAACAAUCUCUUUGAUUGCUUUAGAAAGGGGAUUUAAGUAUAGCACAACCUGCACUAUUUUACACCGUCUUUCUUUACCAUCAUCUGCCAAACUACUCGUUCUAGCACAGAGCAUUUCUAUUACAGAGAGCUUAAUUCAGUCCCAAUUUAAACAUUUUCCUCUUCAGCCUUUGAAAGUUCCUAUGUUGACUGAAUCUUCCCAGGGAAGUGGGCUGUAGUUCUCACUCCCAAACAUUAUCUUUUCAGUCACCAGUGCAUUUAAGCCCAAAUGAAUAGAUUAGUAAUGACUAAAAUGAACCUCAUAACAAAUCACAGAAAGAAAAAUCCUGUAUUUCCAAUAAAAAUCAGAAAGGUGUUUAAGGCAACUUUCCAAGUUGGAGUGCUUCUUGAUUUAUGGACCUUUGCUUUAUUCAAUUCAUUAAAUAGGAGCUGAUUAAAUUGCUGCCCUCUAACUAACAGUCACAAAAACACAUUACCCAUCUGAAAGAACAAUUCCAUUUGUUAGUUACAAAAUUUAAUUGUAAAGAUCAAGCCAAACCAAUCCAUAUUACUGGCUUCGAAGUAUGCAGAUGCUAGUUUUUAAAUAAAAGUGAGAAAUAUGAAUCAUGACACUGUUCAGGAUCUAAAUAAACAUGAUAUUCUGGAUAUGGUUCGAUACACAAGGCUAAGAGAAUGACAUAAUCAUGAAUAAUUAAACCAAAGGCAUUAAUUUUCCAAACCACUUUUAGUUAAACAAAGUUUCAGAUUAAAAAAAAAAAAAUAGUCUAAAGCUAUGUAAAACUCAAUCUAUUAUUCUACCUGAGAUCAAAAUAAGUUCCUUUUUUUCCUAUCUAAACAUAAUUCUUGGCAUUGAGGUAAAUCUGAAUUCACUUGAUGUACUUUGUCAAACUUUUCCAAAAAAAUUUAAACCCUGCCUUAGAGAGAAAUUUCUCAUGUUACACAUAUGUAUUUAUAUAUUUUUUUCUUCAAAGACUAAUAACAGAUUAUAGGCCUGAUAUGGGACCAUGAUACCACUAACAUUAUGAAAAUAAAAAGCUGUUUGUUUAUACCAAGUGUUCCUGAAUGGUAUAAUAUGAAAGGGGGUCAUAGAAUCUAUGCACAUACAUUAAUCACUAACAGUUCAGAAAUUAAAUGCAGUUUAAGAAAAAUUCUAGUCCUCUUUUAGGAGUAGAGAUUGUAAAUUUGUGAUGU